AUGUCUUUGAGACCCAUCAUCACUACUAUCCGGACCUCUGUCCGCUUCAGACCCCUCCCCCUCCUCAGAGCCUAUCAUCCGCCGGAAUAUCAUUCCAACAAGGGCGAUAAAUGCAAGUCUCUCCUCACAGCCAGCAGCGUAUCACCACUAAUCCAUGAUAAUGUAGUCUACAUCCCGCCCCAAUUCCCCGACAACUUUGAACUUCCCUCAGUCAUCAAGGAGAAAGACAGCAAGGGCCAUGAGAGAUGGGAGGAGGUUGACUCGACACUAAGCGAGGCAUCGGUCAAGGCAGAUCGGGGCGAUGUCCAAUUCGAGGUGAAGCAGAAGGAGAUGAAGAGUAAAAAGAAACAGCCGGAUUUGGAGCCUGAACCGAACUUUAACGAUAUGUGA